GUUGCAGAUGUUAUAGUAGUGGUAGAUCAUUCUGGUUUAGGAUUUGAUGUUAUUAGAGAAUAAAAGUUUGAUGUUAUUAAAAGUGAAUUUUUUUUUAUUCGGGAACAACACACUAAUGAAAGGUAUAUUAAACACUAGACAGACAUAAAACAAUCCAAAAUGUAUUAUAUUUUAGUCUAAUUUUUUUGAUUUGAUGACUCGUUGAUUCGAUGGUAAACUUGAGAGUUUAUCGAGUUUACUUAGGGUUUAUCAAGUUUAUCCAGAGUCUGCCAAAAAGAGAGUUUACACUUGAGUCAACUCACAUAGGAUAGGUGAGAUCGUAAACUCAUAAGAGUUAGUGAGUUAAUUCGAGAGUUUGAUAACCAUGAUUAGUAUCAUAGUCUCAGACAAGUGCAUCACACAUAAUUAGAUUUUAUUAACUCAUUGUGUAGAUUGAAAAACUCGAUCAUGUAUAUGGAGAGGAAAUCUAAUAAUUUCUCCUUACCUAGGUUUUUUCUGGUAGGAUUUACCUCCUUGAAAGUGAGUAAGGAUUAAAUAUUGUUUGAGAGAAAAAAAAUUAACAGAUCUAACACUUGCAUGAUUUGUUAUGUAUGUAUUACACAUAAUAUUUACUAUUUUACAGUUGAAUUUUUUCUUCAAAAAUUAAAGUUAUUUAUUUUAUCAUUUAAAGUGAUUGUUCACAUCCGUUUUGACUAGCCAAAUGAUAUAAUGAAAAAAUGUAGAAGCCACUGCCAUUUUUAGGUAAAAUAAUGAAACUGAAAAUUCUUACUAGGAGAAGGCUGACGUUAGCUAGAAGAGUACACAUAGAUACAGUUGAAAGGAGGAGGGAAAUGGGGAUGGAGUGUUUUUGUCUUUAAUAAACUAUGCGUUUGUCCAAGUACUCUGUUCCCUGAAUAAACAGAUGCUAUUCAACUUGUUUAAACAGAAAAUUUGGACUUUCUCUCCUGGCAUGCAAUAUGUAGAAAAUAUAAGGCAAAGUUGUAACAGUAUUAUGAAGAUUCUUCACUUGUUCUGCUUAGGCUCUUGCUGACGUUUUAGAAGUUUGGUCCCAUAAUACUUGCAGUUGCAGACAAGGUACCAAAAUAUCAAUAAUUGUUCAACGCCAUAAGUACUCCCUCUGCCUUUGCCUAUCCUCUUCCAUUUCACUUUUUAUGAAAAACGGUAGCUUUAAGACAGUAACCGUAUGCGUUGAACAUCUAUCGGUAUCGGACACAAUAAUUUGAUUACUCCUAACUGUAUUUUAUAUUUUUCAUUUAUUUUUUUAAACUUAUAUUAAUAUAGAUGGGAAUGUCACAAUAAUUAGAUCGAUGAUAAAUUUUAUUAUGUCUAUAAUGAUUCUUACUAAAGUUAAAUUGGUUUAAAAAGAUAUUUGGUAGGAUUGUUUCGUUUGAUUAUGAGAGUCGAUAUUUUUUUGGAAUGACAAGUGUGACCGAAGAAGUUUCAUAUUAGGUAUAAAUAGGCAUGCUGAGAGACUUGUAAGUGAGAGUGAGAGAGAGAUUAUAAAUUUAAUGUCUUAAGAUUUUGGGUUAGUUGUGGUGUCAAAUUUAUUAGUGUGGUUUUCUUGUGGUUUGUUGAUGGAGAUGUCCCUUGUGUUUAUGAAACUUUUCCUUAGGAAGGAACAAUCAUGUGGAAGAGACACUCACUUAAGGGAUAGAUUCUUGGAUGAGAAGUUUUAGUAAAGAAGUUUCACAUCAGAUAAAAAUGGACAAGUUGAAAACUUCUAAGUGAGAGAGAUUCACAAACCUAAUGUCUUAAGGUUUUGGGUUUGAUGUAAAGUCAACUUCACUUGUGUGGCUUGCUUGUGGCUUGUUGAUGGAGACCUCUCUUGUGUUUAUGAAACUUUCCCUUGAGGUAGAACAUAUCAUGUAGAAGAGACUCAUUUAAGGGACAAAUUAUUGAAGUGACAAGUGUUGAGAAAAAGUCCAGUGUUGAGUAGAAAUGAGCAAGUUGAUCAACUUAUAAAUAAGGACCCACAAAUCUAAUAUCUUAAAGUUUUUAUGGAUUGAAUGUGAUCUUAUGUUCACUUGUGCUGUGAUGGAGAUCUCUCUCAUUCCUUGGCAUGUUUUUUAGGAUACACGUUGUCACAUUGAAUAAUUCAUGCCUAUAACUUGCAAGAAUAAUUCACAAAUCCAACUUGUUCCAUGCUAGUUCAUGUAUAUAAUUUUCUUUUCGGUAUGAAUGCAUGAUAUUUCUAUUUCAUACGACAAAUACCAUAUGUUAGAUAUAAAUCAUAAAUUUAUUCAUGAUUCUUCACCUAACCAUUUAAGCUUUUUAUAGGGUUGAUCUUUAAUAUUUGAUGCUAUAAAGGAUCUAUUGGCCACAGAGUUACAUAGCAUGCAACUAUCCACAUUGAAUUUGUCUUUUCUGCAGUAAAAAUGUGCAGUAUUUUGUUCAAUAAUGUAGAACUGCAAGGAAGCUGAAUUUGGCAUGCUAAGGUUUGUAUUAGGAAAUUUGUGUUGUCAAUAAAUCGUUCGUUUACUAUACUAAUAUUGCAUAUUUUAUAGUAGCAGAUCUAAACCCUACCAUUCUUAUUAUUUCAAAUAUGCUAAAUUUUAGUACAAAGUAAAUUGUGCUUGAAAAGAGUUUUACUUACUAACAUAAGCAUUUAAAAGAGUUGGUCUAUUAAAAAUAUAUUUAUUUUCCUCAAAAAAAAUUUACACAAAAAGUUUGAGCUUUCUUAAAAGUUUCACUUUCUUUAUGAAUUGAAAGAUAGGGACUAAAACCAAUCAAACCUUCUCCAUAAGACAAUAUAUCGAGAGAAAUGAAUUAAAAUCAUUUUUCCUUUUACAAUAUUAACUCAUCAUCCCGUGAAUCACUAAGAGUUUGGAGCCUUGAUUCAUGUUUUAGUGUUUUUUUUUUUUUCUGUUUCAUACACAUUUUCCAAAUUAAGAGAUGUUCUUUCUUGAAAUUAUAUUUGGAAAUGUGAAGCGAAUAUAGUCAAAGCUUUCGUUUGGACAAUGGUGCUCCAUAAGAUUACUAUCAUCAACACAUUGUUGAUUCACAAAUGUAACACACUUAUUGCUUCUAACUCAUGAUUUUUGUGCAAGGCUCUUUCAAAAAUAGGUUCUCAUAUAUUUUGGGGAAGGUUUCUCCAUUACUUGUGUUUUUUUUAAAGGAUAUCAUUACCUUAUGUAAUUAGUAAUUAAUAUUUAACUUGGUCCUGCUUAAACACACAAGGAGGAAUGCAACGAAUGAGAAAUCUUAUUAUGAGAAAUGAGAAAUACAAAUAUAGACUGUUAGAUAAUAUUUGAAUGAUAGAGAUUAAAAGAAAAAUACGGAUGACUUUUUUAAGUGGUUAGAUGACUACCAACUUUUAACUUUGACCAUUUAUGUAUGGAUAUAUGACUCAAACUUAUAAUUUUCUUUUUUAACCAUAAAAAGGAUUUUUAUUUGAGACACCCCUAUGUAUAUAUUUUCAAAAUAAAAGUUACAUAAGGAAUCUCCAUUUUUACAUUGUUUUGUUUUAUUUUAAGAUUUUAGAAAAUAUUAGUGUCUUUCUAUUUUGAUAGUUUUUCAUGAUAUUUUUCAAUAGUUUCUGAGAGAAUAAUGAAGCUAAAAACUACGGUAAUAUUAUGUUCAUGUUAUUCUUUUGUGCAUCUCGUUAAAAGGAAGGCUUACAUUUUUAAGAGCCUUUAUUUGUUCUCAUACAUUGUUAUAUUCUGUGGAAAUGGUUGUUAUUUCUCUGUUUAUAUUUCUCGUGCUGUAAAUUUUCUUUGUACUAUACAAUUUUUCUAACAAAUCUUCCAGUGGAAUGUGAAAACUCAAUUUGUUAUGCUGAUAUGCUAUAGAAAGCUAUUAGAAAGACCUUGUGGUGUAGAAGAAAAAAGCUAUGUAGGUAUUCACGAAAGUGAAGCAAGUUAGUGUUACUAUUGAAGAUAUGGCAUGGUGAGACCAACACUCAGACGAAUUCAUUUAAAGCAGGUAAUAAAUUGGUAACAAACGUAGUUUUCCAAAACAAGGAAAAGUCCAAUAUUUCUUUGUAGACUAAAGUCCAAAAUAUUUUAAAGGCCCUAGGCUGUCCCCAACUAUUUAUAACGCUCAUGAGGCCAUCCAGGAGGACCAGGACUUCCUUCUGAUCACUAUCUGGCUCUGCAUUGUGUACUUUGUUUGUCCCUCAGAAUUGUAGGAGAAGACCCAUUUGAUUCCACCAACUUAUCACCUUUCUGAAAUCUUUUUAGAGGGAAGUUGAUACCUAGCCACACAUAGAUGAGGUCGAUCCUAUUUAAAGUAAGAAGCGAAAAAAAGGAAUGGAAUUAGAUAGGCUCAGUAAGCUUGAAGAACCUCCUCUCUCUGGUGCUUGCAUCCGUGGUCUAGUGAAACAACUAACCACCUCUAGAACAAAAGACUUCAUGAACCCAAAAUACCAAAAUUGUGUUGUGAACGGUGGCGUUUCCCAUGGUCAAAAUUCAACAAAACAUGGCAAAGUCGCAGAUACUCGUCAGGCACAACAGUCCUCACAACCCCAACAACAAAAAAAACAAGUUAGAAGGAGACUCCACACCAGUAGGCCUUAUCAGGAAAGGCUUUUGAAUAUGGCAGAGGCUCGGAGGGAGAUUGUCACCGCCUUGAAAUUUCACAGAGCAGCAAUGAAAGAAGCAAGUGAACAGAAGCAGCAACAAGCCCAAGAACAGCAGCAAAGGCCAUCAGUAUCUCUCCAGCCAUCCCAGUUCCCAAGUUUUGACCAAGAUGGAAAAUUUAAGUCUAGGAGAAAUCCCAGAAUUUACCCAGCAUGCACAACCAAAUUUUCAAGUUACAUGGACAUGGAUGAUUUAUCCCAACCUCCUCCUUUGGUUCCAAAUUCUUACACCUGGCCUGCUGCUUCCCCAAUUACUCCACCACCCCUUAUGGCUGAAAACCCCAAUUUCGUGCUUCCAAAUCAGACUUUAGGAUUGAAUCUCAAUUUACAAGAUUUCAACAACUUAGAUGCUACCCUUCACCUCAAUAACUCAUCAUCAUCAUCCUCUUACUCAUCUGCAACCUCAUCUUCUCCUCCACAGGAACUUCCUUCCGUUGGAAUAUCACAGGGAGAGGGGUUUUCUUCAUUGGUGGAUACUAUUGAAUCCAAUGCUGCAACCCAGGUCACUGGAGGCUUACACACAGCCAUGGACGAUGAGGGUAUGGCAGAGAUGAGAUCAUUAGGAGAGCAAUAUCAAAUGGAAUGGAAUGACACCAUGAAUUUGGUCAAAUCAGCUUGUUGGUUCAAGUACUUGAAAAACAUGGAACAUAGGGCACAUGAAGCCAACACUGUAGAUGUUGCAUACAAUAAUUUUGACCAGCUUCUGGAGUUUCCAGCUUGGUUGAAUGCGAACGAGAGCUGCUUAGAGCAGUGCUCGGUGGAUUAUUUUCAAGAGUCUUCCUUGCCUUGCAUGGAUAUUGGAGAUAUUGACAGUAUGGAUGACGAUUGGUUAGCGUGACAACAACUACAAGGAUAGAUUGUUUUCUUUAAGUGAAUUCCUAUGUUGCUCUCAUUUUUAUAUUUCUUUCGGUAAUUGGGAUUAUCGGGCACUAUCAUUGUAAUCAUUUUAGUACCCCCCUCCCCAUUUCACUGCUUUAUUUAUUUUUGGAUAAAUAAAUAAGGGCUUGCAAAAUAUCAGUAGAGGCAAGAACCCAUCAAUGAGUGAUGAACAUUUUUGCUCCCAUUGCUCCUGUUAUCACAAUGUAUGUUGCGACAUUGAACAAUAUUCAAUUUGUAAUUCUCUUUGAAUUACGAGUGAAGAAAAAGUAAAAAAGAAAACAACGGUGGACAUGGUA